GCUUGAGAAGUUAUAGAUCUUCUCCACCUAUGCAUCGUCGCCAUUCGUCAUCCGUCAUUCGUUAUUCGUUAUUCGUCACUGCGUUCCAUCUAUUUCUGCAGCCCUAUCAGCAGCUAUACCUAGCUACCGUACCUACCUUACCUGCCUUCAGGGCUACCUAGUAAUCUCCGAUCUCUACAAGUAAACUGGCAACAAAUCUGCGAGCUACCAGCCAAUCAUGGCUGUCUCAAACCCAGUCGCCUUUAGGCCAUUCGCAGUAACGUUCUGGACCACGCUUACCUACUUUGCUCUUGUCAUUCCGUUACUCGUUAUUCACGAAACGGUCCCAUCCCCUCCGAAUAAUCCGACUCUAUAUUCCGGUCUUAACCUCACCAAGUCUUGGCUUGACCUAACUGUUUUGUCGCGUGAUUACCACCCCUUCAAUAGUCAAAAGAACGAUGACAUCCAUGACUGGUUGUUGCUGGAAUUGGAAAACAUCAAAGGACGCAAUGGGGCCAAUGACUCGAGUAUGGUCGUGUUCGCCGAUAAUAUUUCUAAUAUCACCACUGCCAAUACCAUCUUCGAAUCGCCAACUCCUGUCGGCACUUACUUCGAAGGCACGAACGUUAUAGUAUACAUUCGAGGGAAGGAUGACCCUCGUGGUCCAUGGUGGGAGGAUGGCACUAUGUAUUCGGACAAGAUCAUUGGCAAAGGGGGCGUGUUAAUGAAUGCUCACUACGACUCCGUCGCGUCUGGGUAUGGCGCCACAGAUGAUGGCAUGGGCUGUGUGACUCUCAUGGCUUUGGUCGAUUACUUUUCUCGCCCGGAAAACCGACCUCAACGAGGCAUCGUUGCCUUAUUCAACAACAACGAGGAAGACGGUUUAUGGGGUGCCCAAGCAUUUGCUAAAAGUCCUCUGCUUCCUUUCUGUCACACUUUCCUAAACCUUGAAGGUGCCGGUGCGGGAGGCCGCGCUCUUCUGUUUCGAUCAACUGACGCUGAAGUUACCAAUGCCUACAAAGGCACCUCCGAUCCGUUUGGAACCGUGAUCUCAUCUGACGCCUUCAGUCUUGGGGCUAUACGAAGUAACACUGACUACAUAGUCUUUAAUGGGGUCUUCGGUUUGAGAGGUUUGGAUGUUGCCUUUUAUAAGCCCCGCGCCCGGUACCAUACCAAUCAAGAUGACGCCGCACACGCAUCGAAGGCUAGCCUCUGGCAUAUGCUAAGCAACUCCCUCCACACAAUGCAGAGUCUUUCUGGAGAUACUGGCUAUACCUUCAUUGGAAAUCGUGGAGAUGGAGAUCGGAAGAAAGUGUGGAAUGGUAGCGGGAACGACGCUGUCUGGUUUGACAUAUUUGGCAAGGCUUUUGCAGUUUUUGAACUACGGACCAUGUUUGCGUGGUCUUUGACCUUGCUGAUCGCUGCACCACUAAUACUCUUUGGCCUAACCUACGUCCUAGUACGGAACGAUAAGUACUAUUUCUUCUCAUCAAGGCGGUCCGCUUAUGAAGGUUCCGACUUAGACCCCGUGAUGCUAGGUGGACAGAAGGGGCUAUUCAGGUUCCCCUUUGCCCUGAUCGUCGCGGGGGGGUCAGUCAUUGGUUCUGCAUACUUGGUCACCAAGGUUAACCCGCUAGUCAUAUACAGCAGCGAAUACACCGUGUGGGCGAUGAUGAUAUCGCUAUUUUACUUCAGUUUUUGGACCCUUAUGGCUGGGGCAAACUUUGCCCGGCCUAGUGCCUUGCAUCGAGGUUACUCCAUAUUCUGGCUGUUCAUCAUUACGUGGGCUACCCUGGUGGCAGAUACCGUCUUUGAAGACCGCUUUAGAAUUGCGGCUGGAUACCUAUUUGUAUUCCUCCAUGGUGCUGUGUUUCUUGCCUCUUUCAUUAGCCUAUCCGAACUAUUUGCUCUCCCCACGAAGGCGUCGUUUGCGCAGCGAGUACACGACGACCAUGAAAUCAGAGAUCAUCUUAAUACUAUUGCUCCGCACGCCGAAGAUCUAAUCUCACCAAGCCAGGACGAGCUCAAUCCAGAUGAUGCCGAUAAUGAGGAGGCGGAAUCCCACUCCGUGGCAACCGAAACAACACCCCUAGUUGGUGGCUCUGGAGAAAAUCGACAAACUACGUUCGCUACUACAUAUCGCCGUUCCAUAUCAGCAUUCAUCAACAAGGCGAGAUUAGCAGAGAGCAGCAAAAGUCAGCCAUAUGAGUACGAACAGCUGUGGUCCGUGAAUCUUCCAAGCUCAGUUUGGAUCCUUCAAUUCCUCGUCCUAGGACCAUUCCUUAUUACUCUGACCGCUCAGAAUGGUUUGGCACUGGUCUCUUCUGUUUCACAGACAGGUGCCGAUGGGUCAAGUGUCCUAGUACCAUAUCUGAUCACAGCAUUCUUUAGCAUCUUUUUAUUAUUGCCAAUCACUCCGUUCAUGCACAGGAUACCCCAUCAUAUCCCGAUGGCGAUGCUAACAGUGUUCGUUGGCACGGCGAUUUACAACCUGGUCGCAUUCCCAUUCUCCGAAGAUAGCAGAUACAAAAUCUAUUUUCAACAAACAAUAGACCUCGACACCGGGUUAAACAAAGUCAACUAUGUUGGUAUACAAGAAUAUGUGGAGCAGACUAUUGCCGAAUUGCCAUCUGCUAUGGGCAAAGAGCUCGAGUGUACCUCUAAGGGAAGCCUGCGUAGCGGUUUAACCACUUGCUCUUAUGACGGCUCCGACGUGCCGCCUAAUGUGGUUCAGACACACCCCGAUGGGAUCCCGCCGCAGAAUGGGUUCAGCGACUGGUUAAAUUACAACAUUACUCAAGGACAAGAUGAAACCAAGGCCAGAUUCGAGAUCAAUGUUAAAAAUAGCAGAUCAUGCGCAAUAACCUUCAAGAGGCCCAUUACUUCGUUUACAGUACAUAAUAAUCAGCCAGACGAACGGUUCGGUGCGAUGCCGGAAGAGGGCCUCACCAAGAUCAAGCUUUAUCGCCGAGACUGGAAGACGCCAUGGAAAGUGGAUGUUGAGUGGAAACCAAAUACGGAUGCAGAUGCAACUACUGGAAUUGAUGGUCACAUUCUGUGUAGCUGGGACGACGUCAAUACUGCCGGGAUAAUUCCUGCCUACGAUGAAGGGAUAAAAUUCGCUCCCAGAUGGGUAGCCUUAUCAAAAUUGACGUCGGGGCUUUGCGAAGGAAGCAAAGCGUUCAGGGCGUGAUAGGGGACGGAUCCAACCGUCUAUCAUCUACAGCUUGAUACACGCCAUUGUCUUCCCACGGAGUCUCUAGAUUAUGGAAGCCCCAAUGAAACUCAAUAAAUGCAUAUGUUUUUGCAUUGUCGGAAUACGGAUGUCUUGUAAGGUC